ACAGCGCUUCACUCAUCGUCUCGAAAACAGCUGGUUCCAUGGAGGUGGUCUAUCAUGAACUAUCUGCGGGAAAAGAUACUAGUUUGUCUCAGGUUUUGUCGGAGUGGAGCAGAAGAUACGAAGAAAAGUAUUCCGCUUUACAGCGUCGGUUUUCUGGAUUAUGUAGCGGAGAAAACUACGGUAUUACGAACACAUCUAGACCAAGGUCUGGGGACAUAAGACAGCCGUCGUACAACGAACUUUUGGAAGAAAUACAGAGUGCAUUACAGCUGAAGGCAAAUCUUUCUGUUGAGUUAGAAGCACUGCAACAAAUUCGUUCGGAAUUAGAAGAUUCGGAAUGCAUGUCUGAAGUCCAUUUUCGCUUGGAACGAGCCACCGAAAAUAACCGACGUCUGCAUGCAGCUUUACAGGCGGCGGAUGAACAGAUUACAGAGCUUGUACUUAGUAAAAGGUUGCUAGAAGCUCAGAUGAAUGAGUUGCGUAAUAGUCGGGAUGCAGAACUUGUGGAAGCCAAAGAACGUGUUCGAGCAGCGGAACGUGCAGUUAUUGCUGCCACACGUAGCGUUAAUUCAUGCAAACCUGUGAGUGAAAAGGAUAAACAAACUCACUCAAAAGAACCAGGGGUUCUUAGUCAACAGAAUGUUAUUUCAAAUCCAAGCCAACCUUUCAUGUCUUUAGCUUUCAAGAAACCUCUACAGAAUCAUUCUAGAAAUUACACAACAUUGACUGCCUUUUCUUAUGACGAUUUCGAUUCAUUGGAUGAAGACACAGAUGACGAAACUGACAAGCAUUUAUGCGAAAGGACGGCUGCUGUCGAUUUGGGCGAAAAUAAUCUAGAGCUCCCUGUAGGAAAUAAAGAAUCGAAUGUAGAGCCCGAAAAAGAAAUCUCCAUCUCUGCAAAUAAUGAUGCAAAUAUUCGACAUAAUCAAGAAUGUCCUAUGGAAUCAUCGAUGGAAGAUAAUGUUUUCUCCAAGGAUAUGGAUAAUGUAACUUCACCUAGUUCGCCUUCUUUCGUGGGAGAAGUAUUGGAUUCAGUGUCUCCAGCAUUAUCUAGUACACCUAGAAAAUCAUUGCCAAAUGAAACUGUCGUUACUCCAUUCAGUUGUGCUAAUCUAUCCGAUUUAACAAAUGAUGUUUUAGGAUGGAAUAGUGAUUUGAAAGCCACACCAUACAUAAAACAAGAAGAAAAAGAAGUAAAUGAGGUCGUAUCAAAAGUGGAUUAUUUAAGAUUAUUAGAUGAAAUGGAGGAACUUCGUCAAGAACUAGAUUUACUACGUCAAAAUGCUCAACUUUCACAAUUAUCACAUAGUAACAUUCCAAAACCAGUUAUAAACAAUAGCACGCAUUUAACUAGUGAUAACAAGCUUUACAAACCCGGUUUAACAACUCAAUUGUUAGAGUUAAAAGAUGAGUUGGUUUCAACUUCUAAUGAACCUUCUUCACAAAAACCAAGUAGUUUACUACCAACAUUACCUCCAGGAUCAACUCGGUUAUAUGACUGGUCUUUAAAUAAGAGUGAUUUACAACUAGAAAAUGAAAUGAGUACAAAUAACUCCAGUGACUCUGAAACUAGUACUGAAAAACCUGCUCCUGUUAAAACAUCUUUAUCUCCUUGUGAACAUUGUAUAGAGCUUCAAGCAAAAAUUAUGGCUUAUGAAGCUAUACAUGCAGCACAAGAAGAUUUCUGUACAGAAAAAAAUAUUGAACAAUCAAUAUUGAAUACAGAAGCUGGUACACAAUGCGAUGAGACCCUACAAGAAGCUGAUAAUACAACUGAAAAUUACAAGUUAUUGCAUAUACCAAAUAAGGACAUAUUUACACAGACAGAUCCUGAGGUUAUAAAUAUAUUAUCACAUUCUGUCUAUUUACAAACUGAUCCCGAUCUAACAGUGAAUGGUGAUGAUCAAAUUAAAAAUUACACAGUUUGUCUAGAAUUUUAUCAUAAAAUGAUUUUGUCCAUAAUUGAUAUCAGUACAACAUUGAAACAUGAGUUAACUGCACGUAUCAAUGAUCAAUAUUCAUGGAUGAAUAAUAAUUUAUCAUUGAAUUGUGAUAUGAAAAAUAGUGAACAAGAACGAAUGAAUGAAUUAAAAGUUCAACUUAAUGAUUACUUGAAUGAAUGUGAUCAUUUACUGGUUACCAAUGUUAUAUGCGAUACAAAAUAUUUAGAUCAUUUCCGAACAGAUUGCAAGUUUUUAACGUCUAUAUUUGGGCAGUUGUUGCCUGAAAUAGAUCGUCUUCUCACGUUAUGUAAAAUUGGAUGUGAAAAACUAAUUGAAUCAACAGAUAUAUCAAAAUUAAAUCAACUUGAUGUUGAUAUUGAAAACUGUGAACUAGUUCGUAAUCUUCGUGAACAGUUACUUACCGCUCAUCAGUUGUUAACUGAAAAAUUACCUGUAGAUACAAAGAUUGCACUUUUGGAAACAUCUCAAAUUGUUGAAACAGAACGUAUUCAAUUGCAAGCUGAAAUGGAUCGUCGACUUUCAGAAUUUGAACGGAAUCAUACUGCAUCAUUAGUAGAGUUGGAGACAAAUCGACAUGAUCUGAUGCAACAACUUGAUGAAAUGGAAUUAAUUAAUCGUGAAUUAAAAAAUGAAAUAUUCUCAGUUCAACAAAAACUUCAAGCUAAAGAGAAAUUCCUCAAUGAGCAAAUAGAAGAAAGAGAAUUAGAACGAGAGGAAUUCCGUAUCGAAUUAAGUCGUCUUAAAAGUGAACUUGAAAUGAAAAAAUCACAGGUGAUGUCAUAUAAAUUAGUGGAUACUAGUGAUACAGAUUCUUGUACUACACCGUCGAAUAUAAAAGAAACAGGACAAAAUAACUUCGUACCUCAUUGGAUAUCUGAUUUAAAAAUGGAACAUUUAUGUCAAAAUGAUUCUAUCAAACCAAAUAUUCAAACAUCUGUACAAUCUAAAUCACGGGAUAUUGUAUCAUGGAGUAAACCUAGUGAUUCUGAUGAUGAUAUAUUAAGCGGAAAUAUAAACAAUCAAAUAACACAGAAUCAAUAUAAAUAUGUUGACCAACAAAAUGAUUGGCAACCUUAUACAGUUCCAACAAUCAAUAAGCACAGUAAUUUCCUUGAUUCCGAGACAAAUACAUCUGAAAAUUACGACAUUCAAAAUUAUUCAGAUGAGAUUGAUACCAAACAAGUAAAAGUAAUUAAUGAUUCUAAUGCUUAUAUACAACAGCAUCAAGUGAAUUUAUGUGAUGCUUGUACGCAGGUUGAAGUGACCAAGUUUGAUAAGUUUGUAGAAGCAACCAUUGAUUCUGUUGAUAUGGAGGUGCAGAUCGCUAUUGAUGAUGAGGUUAAAGACCUCGAAACAGUGAACUCACGUGAACAAUUAAAUUUAAUACCAUCAAAUCCUAACGAUAAUAUAAAUCAUUCGGAUAAUACCCGUUAUUCUAAUCAGCCUACUCGAACUACAAAAACAACAACUCGUUCUCGUACCUGGAAUACAACUUCAGCCGCUGCUGUACUUAGUCAUAUAGUUGUAAAAGAAGAGGAAGAAGAAUCAAUUGUGACUAUUGUAGAUGAAUCAGAUACACCUAACAGUAGUACAACCAAUAACAAUAAUCAAAAGUUUUAUCAAGAUCAAAUUGAAAAAUGUAAAUUGGAAAUUUCCAAUUUAAGAAAACAACUUGAUCGAAUAAAUACAUGCCAAAAAGAAAUGGAACAAACGAAACAAUCAUUGGAAUUUAUAGAAGAAAAGCAAGAUAAAGGUAUACAAACUAUGGUGUUUUGUCCAAAUCUAUCUAAUGAUGUCAGGUUAAAAACUUCACUAACUCAUCAUAUGUCAUCAUCUAUUCAUAGAAUGCAUCAUCGUUCUUUACCGGCUUUGUUCUCACCAUCAUUCUCUUCAAAUAAUGAAGACACUGGUGUAGAAAUGUCUCAAGGUCUUUUAGACUUAGAGAGUAUUGAAUCUUUAACUCCACCAACUGCAAAAUCACCAAUUAUUCAAGAUUUAAUUUUAAUGAAGCAUGACAAAUGUUCUUCUCCCGAAGAUGAAAAUCUUCAGACUUUGAUGGGAUCUCCUAUUUCUGAUAAAGAUGAUGAAUUGGAAAAUGAAAUUCCAGAGAUAAUGCUUUCAUCAGAACAUCUGGAUGUUACUCCAAGUUCAUGUGUUUCAGAGAACGCUGGAUUUAAACUUCCUGAUUCCGUUGACUCUGAUCCUCAAACUAUAUGUGCUAUAUCCAACAGUAAUGUUGAAAAUCCAGGAGCUGUGGUUUCAUUGUCUGAGGUUUCAACGUUAAUUGAACAGCUUAUGGAAUCAGAAGUUCUUAUUAAAACACUACGUAAUGAAAUUAGUGGUCUUACAAAAUACCAAAUUGAAUUACAACGUGAUUAUGAUGCUGUACAUGAAAUGCUAGUGGAACGUCAAAAUGACCUUACUCGAGUAACAGAACAGCUGCUUGAAACAGAGAAUAAAUGCAAAAGUCUUAGCAAUCCAAUGUCAGAGCGGAAAGAUGUUAUUUUAGAACGAGAUGAAGACCUGUUCCUUCUGAGUGAAGAUAAAAAAUCUUUGGAAUUAAAAGUUACUCAAUUAGAAUUGGAAAUUGAAGAAUUGAAAGCUCAAGUAAAAUAUAUUGACCGUGAUAAUCUAGUGUCUUCUGCAAUUGUCCAAACGGAUUUGACGAGCUCGACAAAAAUGGUUCAAACAGAUGAUAUCCCUAUUUCACUUGAAAAUCAACCUUCUGUAUAUUCUGAUCCGAGUAAAGAUGUAAAACUGAAUAUUCUAUAUGAACGUAAAAAUUUUCAUCCUAACAUUGAACAAGAACAUAUUCAUCAAAUAUGGGCAACAUCUACGCCUAAGGAAGAAGAGUCACCUAACUCAACAUUUUUAUCAGUGGAGAAUGAUGCACUUUCUGGAGCUGUCGCAGCUGAGCUCAAUACUUUAUCUAAUCGGUUAAGAGAAGAGAGUGUUCGACUUGCAACAGUGACUGCGAUUGCGACUGCUCGUCAGUCAGUUUGUGAUCGACCAGGAAGUAUUUUAAUUAAUAAAACAAAUGAUAAUGAAGAAACUACUAUAAAGGUAGAAUAUAAUGAAUGUGCCCCUUGGAUUAUUGAAAUUCGUAAUUCCUAUUUUGAUUUGAAAGAAGCAGUUAAUGAAGUGACCAAGAUUAUACAUAACAAUCCAUGGAUUAAUAAAGACCAGUCUACCUUCGAAGAUGGUGAAGAAACAAUGAGAAUGUUUAUGAAUCGACUUUUAGUUUCAUUAACUAAAGCUUUGGAUACCGAUGAGAAACUUUGGAUUUCAGUAAUCACUUCUUCGAUUAAUCAAACUUGUGAUAUACUUCGAAGUAGGACGUUAUCGGUUCCCAAUCCAGGAGUGCAAUUACCCACAGAGAAUAUUUUGUGCCAAAUUAUACAACAUUUGACAGAACGAAUAUCAGCUUUUAUGCGUCGUGAAGAUGAGUUUCGUAAAUGUCUUAUUGAUGUUCUUCAUGUAGAAGAAGCUUCAUUUAAAUCUGAAUUGAAAACCCAUGUUAAUCGUUCUGAUGCUUUGGUAGGCGAAAUGAAUCGUUUGACUAAGGUUGUAAGUUCGUUAUCAGAAGAAUUAAAUAAUGCAAAUAAUCGAACUAAUGAAAUGCAAGGUCAAUUGUGUGAUUUACAAGUUGAUCUUGUUCAUACACAGCAUGAAUUACAAUUGAAGGAAGAUGAAGUUCAGCGUCAACGAACUAAUGUUGAACAGUUAAGAUUACAAUUAUGUAAAGAAAAUACACAAACAGAGAAAUUUCGUACGGAACUUGAAACAUUACAGUCAGCUAAGAUUCAAGCUGAAAAUGAAUUGUCAUCAUCAAAUAAUUUAAUUCAAGAAUUAAAAAUAUCAUUAACAAAUGAAAAGAAUCGAGCUCAGUCAUUAAAAAUUGAAUUGGAUCAAUUAUAUGACCAAAUUAGGAAGAACACUUAUCAAACUACACUAAUGCCAAAUAAUAUUAAUAAUAAUUAUGUUAUUGGUGAAAAUAUAACUACGGCUAAUGAAAAUAAAGCACCUAAUGAGUGUUCAUCAAAUCUUAAUCAACGUGUCUAUGAAGCGAUAAAUCUCGCUACAAUUCAUUUAGCAUCUACUCGACGUGAUACAAUUAAAUUACAAAAUCAAGUCAAAGAAUUACAGGCGACUGCUCAUGGUUUACGCUUAAAUCUCGCCGAAGCAGAACUUCGUCUUAUGCCUACUUUGACAUCUGUACUGCCAGGUACUUUUAAUCUUUCAGGUAUUAAUAAUACAUCACAAUGUUCCAUGAUAAAACAAUCAGCUACAAAGAAAAAAUCGCCUCUUUGUGGAGAUCAGUCAGAAUUGACAAGUGCCAAGUUUACUAAACUAAAAAAUGUUUGCGUAGAUUUACUAUCACGCGUUGCAGUGGAUGAACGUAAUAAUGAUCUACAAAAGGUUGAUGAUAAUGAUGAUCAUAAUUCUGAUUCACAUUCAUCAGACGAUGAUAGUAUUGGAGAGAAUAUUUUCAUUGGAUCUGGAAUCAUAAAUUCUUUAAAUCGUGAUGGUGGUUAUCGUUUAGAUGCUGAACGCGACGAAUCCUCAUUGAAUAAUGGUAAUAAUAACUGUGGCAUACUCAGUAAAGGAUCUUGCAGAUCUAAUAAGACAACUAACAGACGAUCUACUGAUACUCUAAAUAAUUCACUCCAGUCUACAUCUGACAGUCACGUGAAAACUAUAAAUAUGGCAAAUUCGAAUAAGAUAAAUAACCCUGUCCAAACUUUACCCAUUAUGACAACUAAUGUAAUACCGUCUUCACCAAGUGUUCAUAUUAAUCAAACUGUGUCUAUGGAACAAUAUUUCUCGCUAUACGUCCGUUUUCUUCGUGCUCAAAGCUAUCGUCGUUCACUAUCAUUCCAAAAACAUUAUUUACUUCUUCUUUUGGGUAAUUUUCAAUAUACAGAAAAUGUAGUAGUUGCAAUUCUUGGAUGUCCUGAAUCUCGAGUCACCUCACAAACAGAUCCUAAAAAUAGAUCUUCACAAGUGAACUUAAGCCCACUCCGAAGAUUUCGUACCAUAGGUCGUGUUUUCCAAGUUAUUCAUAGAAUGAAACUUUUAGUGAAUAAAUGGCGACGUUUAGAUAUACCUUCUAUGGAAUCAACUCCUAUUAAUAAUAAAAUUUUAUAUAUGCAUACAACAACUCCAACUUCAUAUUAUGCACCACCAUUCCAAAAUAGGUCAUUUAGUUCCACUUUAGAUCGUAACAACCGAAAUAAUCGAAUUUCUAACGGGUCUUUACGAACACCUUUGAAAGAAUUACAUGCGGAAGAAUCCAACAAUACAUAUUCAUCUGUACUACAAAAUUCUUCUCUUUUCAAUGGAAAACAAUAUUUAUCAAAUUAUCCGGUUCAUACUCCUAGAUUGUCACAAAUUCAAACUUCGCCCAGUGGUUACAGUUCAUUGUUGGAAAAUCAAACAAUCUCUACCGGUUCUUCACAUCGGCGGUAUGUUAAUUUUUGUUAUAUAAUGUGUUAGUAUAUCUGUGCUGUAUGACUUCUUGUUAUAACUACAAAAAAGCAGCUACUUGUUACAGCAGAGAAAGUGUGAUUUGGCCUAUUGCAAGAAGAGGCAUGACUAUAGAUGAGGAUUUAUUACACACCGUAAAUAAAUCAAACUAUAUCUAAAUACAUUGAGUUAUAUAUGAUUUACUCUUAUAGUUAGUAAACAAUGAGUACAUAAAAUUCAUCAGUAUUUGAUGUAAAUUAAUCAUCACUUUUACACAUGCAUGGAAUACCAACAGAUUAACCAUUUAAUAUCUCUACAUAGUGCUUGUGAUGUUAAGUCACUUGGAUUUGUGGCCACAUGCAACUUGAUAAAUAAAAUUCUAUCAGCAUUAAGGAAAGACUUGACAUACAUAAUAUUGGUCAUUUCUUAACGAUCAAACAACUAUACGUACGUCAGUCCUACAAGAGGUCUAUUGUACCCGAUGUUAUUCAUUGGUAAAUGUAUCUGACUAUGAAAUUGGGUGAUACAAGAUCGGAUCCUGCAGAGAACAUCAGCUCUCUAAAGACUGCUGGCACGCCUAAGUAGCACGAUAUCUAGUUCUACGGUUUCCUUUCGAUAACCUCUAACAACCACCUCAACUGUUUUAACAAGCUUUUAUCACUGAAUUAUACUUUUAUCCAUCUCUAACAAUUCUGCCGUUAUUUUGUGGCCAUUAAUAAUACAUAAACAUUUUGGUAAAGCUUGGAGUAAAAAGCAUUUGCCACAGAAAUUAGGAUAAUACUAUUUUGAAAGUACAAGAUGGAAUUAAAGCAUAAUCCUUAAAUAAAUAAACAAAGGUAGUAGUUAGUAAAAUAAAAAUUUUAUUUUAAAAAACAAUCAGUAGACGCUUAUCUUACUUUGAUGAACCAGUGAAAGAUAAUAAAGUCAGUGUUUUUAGAUCGUUCUACUAAUUGAAUUGUUAUCGCGAAUUGCCGGACGUCGGUUUCACCUGAUGCGAGAACUCCUUCAAAGACAACAAUAACUGAACACAUACGUUCACCAAACAUCCGUCCAUUUGAGUCAUCCGGUGUUACAGAAACAGAGUAGUACUGCUCUCAAUCACGUGUUUUACACACAUUUUAAAAUCAGACUGAUGGUGUAAUGACACCGAAAAUAGCUCAGACAGGCGUAAACUUUUCUGACUUUUACUAUUUGUAGAUUGAUCUCAUCUACCACGUCAAACAUCGGGACACACAACCAACCAGUUUGAUGCACAAAAUAUUCGACCAAGAGUACUGUCAAAUUACAAAAUUACAAGCGUAUAAUCACAAAAUAAAACAAUUUUCGGUUCUUUGCUACUUAUCUAACUAUGUAUGUUAUAUUCUUUAUUCACAAAUACUUUAUUUCUUAUGGCGUUUAUAAAUAGAAUACUUUCUCCCUAACUACACUGAAAUUAUCCACUAUGUACUUUAUAUCGAGUUCAACACAGUUUUUAUAUUUUAAAUGUUUCAGGCAACCAUAUUCAUCAUUUAAUCUAUCAACAACAACAACAACGCCGACAACAAUUGCAAUCACUCGACAACUCCCUGUUACCUAUAUUCCAAUUAAUAAAUCAAAUUUUUCUUACGAUCGUCCAUUCACUAGGAAUUAUCAUCAACAAUCUUCUUCAUCUUCAUCUAGUCUAUCUAUUGAGAAUCGACAUCGUGUUUCUUCAGUUUCCUCUUCCAUUUUUUGUCGAGUCGAUUCCAUUCAAACACAGACAUUACGAACUUCAAGUCAUAAUCAUCAUAGCAGAAAUCAAAUUAUCAGUACAAAUAAACGUCCUAGUUUUAGCUAAUUGAUUAGUUAUGCUUAUUAUUUGUUUUUGAAUGGAAUCCGUUGACGUACAAUCACUGUGUAUAUCCGAAUAUAAUUAUAGGCAAGUUGUAUAAUAUAGUGGAUUUUAUUUUCAUUUUUAUGAUUUUUGAAAUUCUUCUAAUCUUCUCUCUUUGUUAUUUUACAAUCUUCAUCCAUCUGCUCAUUCGGUUGUUCAUUUAUUUGUUUUGAGAAUUUUUUCUUAAAGAAGUAAAUCUUAUUCUGUUCUCAGAUUAUGUUUUUUUCCAAGAUGAAAAUAUUACAUAUUAUGUAUGUAUUAAUACUACUAACAUUAUCAUUAUAUGUAGGAGUGAUGAUGAUACAACUAACGCAACGCAUUUAGUGUGUUCUCUUUUUAAGAAUUAAAUAAACAUCUAUCUAUCUAUCUAUUUUUCUGUGUACCAAUUGACCAUAUGAUUGUAUUUUGUUCAAGAAGUAAACUAUGUUUAUGAACAAAGUUACAAAACAUUAAUGUUAAACCGAUUAUGGGAAUAUCCCAUUAUUAUGAAUUUAUAUGUUAUUAUUAUUAUGAAUAUUCAAUAAUUGAUACCGUUGUCAAUCUAACCAACGUUUUUGUAAAUUUUCAUUAUCGAACCUAAUACAUGAGAUUUUUAAGUGCUCUAUGUUAUUAAUCUGUUUUCCAGAUGUGUACAGUACUCGAUUUAUAUAUCUAUCUGUGUAAACUAGUUCUUUGGUUAGUUAACUCUCCCUUUGUGUACAAAAUUUACUACCCUUCAAUUGUAUAAGAAAUAUAUAACUAAAUCUGAG